AUGUCCAUGGUAAUAUCCUUCAUUCUCCUGACCUCCAUCAUCCAGAUGUGCUUUGGUGCGCCGCUACAGAUAAAUUUUCAAGCCAUAAAUAAAUACGCAGAGAUUGUGAAGGAAGUUCCGAAAGUUGAUCCUCCCGAUGUGUUCAGUAUCAUAUCAGCUUCCAACAAAGAGAGCAAAAUGCCGAUGCACGAAGGAGACAUUGCUCUAGUUAUAGGUCGCAGCGCCAUAAAGUGUGAUGGAGACACCUGUAGAUGGACUAAGAACAGCACUGGAAUAGUCAAUGUGCCGUACACCAUCUCAUCCGAAUUCAGUAACGCUUAUGUGUCCAUCAUCCAGAAGGCCAUGCAGGAAUUUGAAACUCUCACCUGCGUACGAUUCGCGAAUAGGACAACAGAAUCCGAUUACGUGCAGAUAGUAGUGCAGAGCGGAUGCUGGUCCUACCUCGGUAAGAUAGGAGGAGGUCAGCAGUUGUCUCUGGUUCCCGAAUGCAUGACACAUGGGUCGGUCCAGCAUGAACUGAACCACGCUCUGGGAUUCUACCAUGAGCAGAGCAGAACUGACCGUGACAACUAUGUGACUGUCCUACUGGACAAUGUCCUUCUAGGAACCGCACCAAACUUUCAGAAGUAUGACUCCAAUAACUUGGGACUUGAGUAUGACUACUCUUCGGUAAUGCACUAUGGAAGAUAUGCCUUCUCUAAGACAAAUGAUCUACCUACUAUCGUACCGAUACCAGACUCCUCCGUAAAAAUUGGGCAGAGAUACGGCCUCAGUACCUUGGACAUUGCAAAAAUAAACAAGUUGUAUCAGUGCGGACUCUAUCGGGGACUUUUUUCUAAUUCUACAGGAUCAAUCAUUUCUUCCAACUACCCUAAUAACUAUCCCAAAAAUACUGACUGUAUGUGGCUCAUUCGCAUUCCAUCCAAUCAGAUUUUCUUGCAGUUCAGCGCUUUUGACGUUCAAGCCUCCUCAGACUGCGUCUCGGAUUACUUAAGAAUUUAUGAUGGCCCAAGUCGAUCAUCUCCUCUGUUAUUGGACAGAAGCUGCGGAGCAGGACAGAUGCCCCCCAUGAUUUCAACAGGAACUACAAUGCUUAUUGAAUUUGCCAGUGAUAAUAUGAUUGAGGCGACUGGAUUCAAGGCCUCGUAUAGCACCGUGACUUGUGGUGCCUUGCUUACCAACCCUUCUGGAACCAUCUCUUCUCCCAUGUACCCCGCUAAGUACCCCCCCUCCAUGGAUUGUACUUGGGCCAUAAAUGCGCCUCCUGGGUUUGCGGUGUCUUUAAAUAUAACAGACUUCAAUGUGGAAUUCAUGUCGACCUGCACCUUUGAUUAUCUCCUGGUGUUUAAUGGGCCGCAAACGACCUCCCCGCUGAUCGGCAGAUAUUGUGGCAAAGGCGUCAAAGUGCCCAGUAUCAGGUCAACUGGAAAUUCUCUCCUUCUCCAGUUCCACAGCGACUCAUCCAUACAGCUCGCCGGAUUCUUUUCCAAAUAUGCCUUUGUGCGACAAAAUUAAAAUGAAGAAGAUUAAAUGAUAAAAUAAAACCAGAGUUAUUUAUUAUUGGAUCGUAAUGGACAAAAG